CAACGCAUCCGAACGAAGUGUUGGGCUCGGGAAGGUAGUGUCAAUAAUAACGAAUUUCCGAGCGAUUUUUUUCGCUCUUUAACCUCCUUUUCUCGCUCUGUCCUCGCCCCCCUGCGACGGAGAAGGAGGAGGAUAAGUGAGGAUAAUUAGGAAGCGAGAAAAGGGUGAGGGAGAGGUGUAAUAACAGCGAGAGAGUGGAGUACAGAGGACGCGUGAAGCACACGCGAGAGAGAAAUGCCCAGCAAGUGACACAAUCAACAGGCAAGAUGGACAAUAGCAUGUAUUACCAGUAUAACCGAUUUGCCGACAAGAGCAAAUCGGAGCAUGAAGGCUAUGCAACAGCCCCUCCAGUGACAAACACAGUGCAGAAUUCAAACCAAAACCAAUUUGGCAAAUUUGGGGCGACCACAAUGCAGAGGCAAUCGCAGUACCAAGGUUCCUACAAUUCAAUGGACACCAAUGACUCCAGUCAGUCCACCAAAUUUGGAAAUACAUCCCAGAGACCCCAGCAGUAUAGUGAGUCUGGGGAUGCCAACAAAACAGAUGCAUCCCAGACAGAGAGGUAUGGAAGUGGAUCACAGAAGCAAGGACAGUAUGAUGCAUCCUAUGAAAUGAUGGACAUGCAGAAUUCAAAUAGGUACGGGAGUGGCUACGGGAAUCCAUACAUGAUGGGCGGCUACUACGAUGACUACGGGCAUUCAGGGUAUUAUAGUGACUACGGGAUGUAUAGUGGGUAUGGCUAUUCACAUACAUCUGAGAGGUAUGGAGAGAUGGAUUACUAUGGUGGUUCCGGUAUGCAGGAAGGUUAUGGAGGCACCAGUCAGUCUGGGAACUAUGGAAGUGGGACUCAGUCUCAGUCAAAUAAUAAAUUUGGCACUAAGGACCAGUCUGAGGAAUACGGAAGUUAUAUGACUAAUAGGUUUACAAAUAAAACCCAAAGUGAGAACUAUGGAACCCCGCCUCCCCCACCAGGGAACAGAUUCGGAAGUAAAGAUCAGCCAAACAACUAUGAGCCCCCCCCACCACCCCCACCAAACCGAUUUGGGAAUAAAGACCAGCCAAGUAAUUAUGGGACUCCACCUCCACCGCCAAGCCGAUUUGGCAACAAAGAUAUACCUAAUUUAUACGGAACUCCACCGCCCCCACCCAGCCGAUUUGGGAACAAGGAACAGUCAAGCAACUAUGGAACACAGCCACCUCCACCUGGCCGUUUCGGGAACAAGGACCAAGUGGACAACUAUGGAACUCCUCCACCUCCCCCACCAGGACGCUUUGGAGGCAAGGAUCCACCAAACAAAUAUGACCAGCCACCCCCUCCUCCACCAAGUCGCUUCGGUAGCAAGGACCAACCAAACAAUUACUCAAACCCUCCUCCUCCCCCAGGCAGAUUUGGAAACAAAGAUCAGGGAGACAGCUUUGGAAAAUCCAAUGUUCCAGGUCGAUUUGGAAAUAAUGACAAUGACAAUGGUGGAUAUGGAACCCCACCUUUAGGCAACAGAUAUGGAGGCAAAGAUAUGCCAAACAGGUUUGGAGGUAAUGACCAGGGAGACGGCUACUCAAGCUCCUAUCCACACAACCGCUUUGGGAAUUCAGAGUACUCGGACAGCUACAGCAAAUCAAAUCAAGGGAACAGGCCUGGUAAUUCUGGCCCUUCAAACAAGUUUGGAAAUUCAGACCAGAUGAACAGAUUUAAUAAUGAGGAUCCCUCAGAAAACUACGGGGGAAACCAAGGCUACUCUAACAGAUAUAGUGGUGGAAAUGACCGUGAUGACUAUAGGAACUCAGACCAGAUAGACAGGUUUGGAAAGCCACCUCAGCAUAGCAAAUCCAACUUGUCCAACUCAUCAAAUGCACCCAAUGCAUCGCAGAGCUUACUUGGAACACCAAAUAUGAACCAGCAAAAUAAUUUUGGAAACAACACAAACAAGCAGCAGCAACAGCAGCAGCAACAACAACAACAGAAGCAGCAGCAGCAACAGCAGCAGCAGCUUAACAAACCAACACAGAGCUUACUGGGUUUCCCAAAUUCGGGGAAACAAAACUCAAUGGGAAACACAGGGCAGAAAUUUAACCCUGCUCCAGGGCUCUUAGAUCUACCAGGCAGCAACCAGAUGAAUAAAUUUGGGAAUAACAACCAGAAGCAGCAGCAGCCAUUUGGCAUAAUGCCAAGUCUGUUAGGGUUUCCUGAUGCAGAAAUGUUUAAUAAAUUCACAAGUGCCAUGCAGAAGAUGGCACAGGCUCAGUUCAACGCCGCAGGUGGCUUGUUGCCGCCCCCAGAUAUGGCCAAUCGAUGUGGUGGAAAGAAUGCAGAGAUUGCCCCUCCAUCCAGCAUGGCCCCUUGUAAGGAGCCUGAGCGCUUUAAUGAACUCCCCAAGAAACCAGUGGCCACAACCAAGAAGCCACUUUCACAGCAAGGCCCACCUCGGAACCCUACACAGCAGGGUAUGCUACCUGUAAGGGGUCUUCAAGCACAGCUCCAGAGCCUUCAGGCACAAAUCCAAAGUAGGGGCCCAAGUUUAGGAAUGGCUGUAGAGCCAGGGAAGAACACGGUGCACUUUGACCUCCUAACUGGGAAGAUGAUUGGCCAGAAGCCACCCCCAAUGACCUUCCAAAGAGGGGGGAAAGGAGGACCACCCCAAGGACGUUUCAGCAAACGGGCUGGACUUGGCAUGAAGUCAGCCAUGGGAGAGGGCCACUAUGGCAAGGGAUUCAAGGGACAGAAGCAGAUGAACAAGAUGGCUAUGAAGAUGGGGAAGAACAAGGGUCAAAUGAAUAAGGCACAAAUGAACAAAGCCAUGAAGCAAGGCCAGUUCAAUAAAGGCAACACAAAGAUGGGCCAGAGGAUGGGGCAGUAUAACCAGUCAAUGGCAUUCCAGAAUCCAUGGGCCAAAAAGGGCCAGUUGCAUGCCACUGCUCCAAUCACAUCACUGUUUGGAAUGAAGAUGAUGCGCAAGAUGGGAUGGACUCCUGGUGAAGGUCUUGGCAAGAACAGGAAGGGGACGCUCGAGCCCCUGCUUGUCGACGUCAAGACUGAUAGGAGAGGAUUGCAUGCCAAGCAGGAGUCCGCACCAAAGAGGGCAGCUGCACCCAAACUCAAGGAAUUUGAUGGGAAACAUCCUGUGUCGGCACUGAUUGAGCUGUGCACAAAGCGUGAGUGGCCGCCACCGGAGUUCGACAUGAUCUACGACUGUGGACCAGACCACAAGAAGAACUUCCUCAUGAAGGUGAUAGUAAACGGGCAUGAGUUCCGGCCCUCAGUAGCAGCAUCGUCCAAGAAGCUGGCCAAGGCAAAUGCAGCAGCUGCCUGUCUUGGGUCCAUCAAGGAUCUGUUCCCUGACCCUCCAGAACCCAAGGCAACGGGUGAGGAAGGGGCCAAGAGUGCCCCCCCACCAGCUGCUGAGACAGAGGCCAAGGCAUAGGACACUGCACUGCGAUAAGUAAGGGGGGGGGGGAGUAGGAAGAAGAAGACGGUACAAAGAAGGAUGAGGUGAUAGGCGAAAAGAGAAGAAGGGAGGAGUAGAGGACAUAGAAAAGAAUACAUUACAUGGAGAUAAAGAGAGCAAAGAGAUGGAAAAGUGAAGGAAAAGCAAGGAGGACUGACUACUGGAAGUACAGAAGCAGAUGCAAGGAAUAGGAAGAAGGAGUAGGUGCAGAUGAUAAGAGGAGGAGGAAAAAGAGGACAAAGAUUGGAAAGAAGAAAAAGCAUGAGGGGAAAAGAGGAAAAAAGAAGAUGAGGAGGAAAUAGGAGACAGACAGAGAGGAAAAGGAAAAGCAAAAGCCGCGUGUCCCUGAAAGUGUGACAUUUAUUUUUAUAAUUUUUCCGUUUGUUCCUUGUACGCUCUCAAAAGAGGACAAACAUUCUCUCUCUUUUUUUUUUUUUUUCUUCUGAGGAGAUGAUCUCUGAUUUUGCUUUUCACUCUCCCAAGGUUGUCAUUCUUUGUUAUUUAUAUUGUUAGAAGUAUUAUUAUGUACAACUACUGUUAUUAUUGACAUGGAAUGGCAAGAAUACACGCCAAGUCCCUUGUGGCCUUUUGUUCAUUGAUUAUCUUCACAUAUAAAUAGCUCCACAGGUCAUUAAUUACCAAAAAGUCAGUUCUUCCUAGCUUAUUUGUUUACCCUUCUUCCUCAAAUUUUUAUUUAUUUAUUUACUCUUGUUGAUAAAAUUCAAAUCACAAUGUCAACAACAACAGUGAUAUAAACAUUGAUAUGAAGAGUAUUAGAAAAAAAAAAAAAAAUCCUUAAAGAAAAAAAAAAAUUGAGGAAAGGGGAAACGUGUUGACGACAUGUAAGGUUACAAAUUGGCGCUGUGGUGGCUGAGCGCUUGUGGAACCGUGGAAAGCCAAAUAAAAUUCACAAAAUAGAAUGACAGUAUACAGUGAGAUUAUCCAGCAACAUUGAGUAAAAAUUAUUAUUUUUAUUAUUUUUAUUAUUACUAUUAUUAUUAUUAUUAUUAUUAUUAUUAUUAUUAUUAUUAUUAUUAUUAUAUAUUUACUUUGUUUAUUCAAUAAUUUAUUCUCCAGUUUUAAUUUUCAUCACCCAAUGUCAGCCAAUUUUUCUAUUACAUAAUAAGAAAACAAUUGCCAUAGACCAACUGACGGAGAGAAUGUUUGACAGUCUCAAACCUAUAAACAAACAAACAAACAAAACACAAAACAAAGAGUCUUCUCUUUUUAAUAUGCGUAUUUUAUUUUUCUUCUUUAUUUAAUUGUUAGUGUAAAGAUAGUUAGAUGUUAGAUCUAAUGGAUGGAGUUUGUUAGGUGUAACUUUAGUGAAGAUUUGACAUGUGGUGUAAGAGUGAGUCUUUCUCUAUCUCUCUAUCUCUAUCUCUAUCUCUAUAUCUAUCUCUAUCUCUAUCUCUAUCUCUAUCUCUAUCUCUAUCUCUAUAUCUAUCUCUAUCUCUAUAUCUCUAUAUCUCUAUAU